AUGUAUGCGCCAGCGUACGAGGUCAACCCGUUCGGUGUCGUUCGGCACAGGGGGAGCCAUGUACCGGCCCCCCGUAACAUAGGGAAUGGUGGCCACGUGUACGUGCGCCUCGACAGUUGGGCGGCUGUGGCAGAGGAGGAGGAGGAGGAGGAGGAGGAGGAGGACGACGACGAGGCGGCGGUGGCGGCGGCUGCAGAGGAUGGUGGUGACGGUGAUGAGGCCGCGCCGCCAGCUGCUGCACUAGUUGUUGGGAGGGGGGGGGCAGCAGGAGGGUGGGGUGGCGGGCUGCCGGUGGUGGGGUGGCCAAGGUAUCGCAAGUUAGCAGUGCGCAAUCUCGUCGCGCUGGCGCACCUGGAUGGCGCGGCCGCGGCUCUCAAGAUGACGGCAGAGGGGACUCAGGUUCGGGGCGGGAGGCGACGAGGAGGAGCACGAGGAGGAGGAGGCGCAAACGGAGGAGGGAACAAGAAGGGUUUGGGGGGGGGACAACCGCGGAAGGACACAGGAGAUGUUCCACUGAUGCUAUUAUUAUAUCUAUAUGUCUAA